AUGUCUUGCCCCGAUUGUUUCCGCGGCGGGGUGCACGCGCAUUCAGAGCCCACCGGGACCAUCGAAACCGUACAUGGCAUGCGGACCUACAUCGCCGGCGGUAGUGAUAGCGCCCGGUCCAAGUCGACCAUCCUGUACCUCCCGGACGCCUUUUCGCUGAAACUGGUCAACAACAAAAUCCUCGCCGACCAGUAUGCCUCGGCCACCGGCUGUCGUGUGUUGAUCCCGGACGUGGUCCCCAACGGCGGAUUGUCGCCCGACCUGAUGCCCUCCAUGGAGAUCGCCAUGGCGCCGUUGGAGAAGCGAACAGUCGGCGGCGUCCUACACAAGAUCUGGAUCACCCUGACACUAUUGCCCCAUGUCGUGCCGUUCAUUCUCUUCGGCCGCCCUCACAAGGUCUAUUCUCAGAUCCUCGCGUACGCGCGCGCCAUCAAGGCUGAGCUGCCGCUGGGCGGCAAACUCGGCGUCGCCGGAUUCUGCUGGGGCGCGUGGCCUAGUACGAAACUUUGCACGGAACCGGCGACCGAGGGCGGCUCCGAGCGGCUGAUUGACGCCCAGUUCAACGGUCAUCCCAGCUUCAUCUCCGAUACGCCGGAGAUGGUGGUCGAUGCGAUCAAGAAGUUCAAAGUCCCCUACGCCUGUGCGGUGGCCGAAAUAGAUAUGCAAUUCAACGCAGAGGUCGCCGCAAAGACCGAGGCCUUGGUCAAACAAGAGACCGCCGGUGCCAGUCCGGGCGAGUACAUCUACGACUUCCGAAUCUACAAGGGCUGUCAGCACGGGUUUUGUGUCCGCGCCAUGAAGGAGGACGAGGCCAACUUCCAGGGCGGUCGGGAUGCCGCCAAACACGCGAUUGAUUGGUUCAACAAGUAUUUAAACUGA